AAGACUGCAAAUAUGCCGACUUCCCAACACACAAUCAAUAUCUGCGUAAAGUCCAAGAACCUUAGCUCCAUGCAUACCCAUCCCUCUCACAGGGCUGCCUACUUUCUUGAUCAAACCACCCAUUUCUAUGUUUAAUGCCUUCAUAACCAAAACUACUGAUCCAUGAAGUUCUUACUCACCAUGACCCUUGCACACUUGCAUUUUAUUUAGUAUCUCUUUCUCUCUCUCUCCCUCUUUCUCUCUUGUUCAUCCAAGGCAGAUAUGGCUUGGAAAGAGCAGAGCUUAUUAGCUGUUCUUCUCAUGUUGUGCUUUUCAUUUGGUUUCGUUAUGUGCCAAAACCAGGAUUUAUCUGUCCUUUUAGAGGUCAAGAAAUCAUUUGUGGAAGACCCAGAAAAUGUUUUGCGUCAUUGGAAUGAAAGCAAUCCAAAUUUCUGCAAAUGGAGAGGAAUCACUUGCGGAUUGAGCUCGGUUGAUGACUCAGUGCGAGUGUUGAGUCUAAACUUAUCUGACUCGUCACUAUCUGGUUUAAUAUCACCUUCUCUAGGUCGUCUACAAAACCUACUCCACCUUGAUCUUUCUUCCAACAGCCUCACGGGUCCCAUCCCAACUGCCCUUUCAAACCUUUCUUCAUUGGAAUCUCUGCUUUUAUUCUCUAACCAACUCACUGGUUCCAUUCCAACUCAGCUCGGUUCCCUCACAAGUCUCCGCGUCAUGAGAAGCGGUGACAAUGAACUCAGUGGGCCUAUUCCUGCCUCCUUUGGUAAUCUUGCAAACUUGGUCACUCUUGGUUUGGCCUCAUGCAGUCUCACGGGCCCAAUACCUCCCCAACUCGGACAACUCUCCCAGCUUGAGAACUUGAUUUUGCAACAGAACCAACUGGAUGGACCAAUUCCUGCGGAGCUAGGGAAUUGUUCAAGCCUCACUGUCUUCACCGCUGCUCUCAACAAUCUAAGUGGAUCAAUCCCAGUAGAAUUGUAUCGUUUAGAAAAUCUCCAAAUCUUAAACCUGGCCAACAAUAGUUUCUUUGGGGAGAUACCCAAUCAACUCGGUGAACUGAGUCAACUCGUCUAUCUGAAUUUGUUGGGGAACCACCUUGAAGGUCCAAUCCCAAAGUCGCUAACCAAACUGGGUAAUCUUCAGAAUCUUGAUUUAUCGAUGAACAAGCUUACUGGAGGCGUUCCAGAGUUGGGCAACAUGGGUCAGCUUGUUUACUUGGUUUUAUCAAACAACGAUCUCUCUGGUGUCAUACCCAGAAGCAUAUGUUCAAAUGCUACCAAUUUGGAGAGCUUGAUUCUAGCAGAGAAUCAACUUUCUGGCCCAAUUCCAAAGGAUUUAAGCCAGUGCCACUCACUGCAACAGCUUGACUUGUCGAACAACACACUUAAUGGAUCAAUACCUACGGAAAUUUUUGAUCUGGCUGAACUGAAUUAUCUCUAUCUCCACAACAACAGUUUGGGGGGUUCCAUAUCUCCCUUCAUAGCAAACCUCAGUAACCUCAAGGAGCUUGCACUGUAUCACAACAAUUUUCAAGGUAACCUUCCUAAAGAGAUUGGCAUGCUUGGGAAUCUUCAAGUAUUAUAUCUAUAUGACAAUCAGCUAUCUGGAGAGAUUCCUAUGGAGAUUGGAAAUUGUUCAAGCUUGCAAAUGGUUGAUUUCUUUGGAAAUCAUUUCAGUGGGGAGAUUCCUAUUACACUUGGGAGGAUGAAGGGACUGAAUCUGCUUCACUUGAGGCAAAAUGAGCUUGUAGGUGAAAUUCCCUCCAGUUUGGGUAACUGUCAUCAACUAACAAUUCUAGACCUGGCAGAUAAUCAUCUUUCUCGUGGCAUUCCAGCAACUUUUGGAUUCCUGCAGGCUCUGGAACAGUUAAUGCUUUAUAACAAUUCCCUGGAAGGUAAUAUUCCUGAUUCGCUUACCAAUUUAAGAAACCUGACAAGAGUAAAUCUUUCCAAAAACAAAUUGAAUGGUAGCAUUGCUGCAUUGUGUAGCUCAAGUUCUUUUCUCUCUUUCGAUGUCACGGGAAACGCAUUUGAACAUGAAAUUCCUCCCCAGUUGGGGAAUUCACCUUCUCUUGAAAGGCUAAGAUUGGGGAACAACCAAUUUACUGGGAAAAUCCCAUGGACGCUGGGCAAGAUUCGCCAGUUAUCAUUGUUGGACCUCUCAGGGAAUAUGCUCACAGGUUCAACACCAGUUCAGCUUAUGCUUUGCAACAAAUUGACCCAUAUUGAUCUGAACAACAACCUACUAUCUGGGCCUAUACCAUCGUGGCUUGGCAUGUUACCACAAUUAGGGGAGCUAAAGCUCUCCUCCAACCAGUUUACUGGGUCCCUUCCUCCAGAGCUAUUCAAUUGUUCUAAAUUAUUGGUCCUUUCUCUUGAUGGCAAUUCACUGAAUGGAACUCUUCCUGUUGAGAUUGGUAGAUUGGAAUCCCUUGAAGUUCUCAACCUUAACGACAACCAAUUAUCAGGCCCAAUCCCCCAGGCCGUUGGUAGGUUAAGUAAGUUGUAUGAACUUCGCUUGUCACGUAACAGCUUCAGCGGCGAAAUACCUGUUGAGCUUGGCCAGCUCCAGAAUCUUCAAAGCAUGUUGGACCUUAGCUAUAAUAAUUUCAGUGGUCAAAUCCCACCUUCUAUUGGAACAUUGUCCAAACUUGAAGCUCUUGAUCUGUCCCACAACCAACUUGUGGGAGAAGUCCCUCCCCAGGUUGGGCAGAUGAGCAGCCUAGGCAGGCUUAAUCUCUCCUUCAACAACCUUCAAGGGACAUUAGGCAAGCAAUUCUCACACUGGCCUGCUGAAGCAUUCGAAGGAAACCUGCAACUUUGCAGAAGCCCUCUUAAUCACUGCAAUGGUUUUGAUUCUGGCAAUCAACGGUCUGGGCUAAGUGAAUCAACGGUGGUGGUAAUCUCAGCAAUUACAACCUUAGCUGCAAUUGCUCUAUUGGUACUUGGACUUGGUCUCUUCUUCAAACAGAAGCGAGAAUCUUUGAGAAGAGGAAGUGAACUGAACUGCAUUUACUCUUCCACUUCUUCCAAAGCACAGCGCAGACCACUAUUCCAGCAUGGCAUUGCGAAGAGAGAUUUCAGAUGGGAAGACAUUAUGGAAGCUACUAAUAAUUUGAGCGACGAGUUCAUCAUCGGUUCAGGAGGGUCUGGGACAAUCUACAAAGCUGAAUUGCCCACUGGAGAAACAGUAGCAGUUAAGAGGAUUCUGUGUAAAGAUGAUUUUUUGCUUAACAAAAGCUUCAUGAGAGAAGUAACGACACUUGGGAGUAUCAAGCACAGGCAUUUGGUGAAGUUACUGGGAUACUGUACUAACAAAGGAGCUGGUUCUAAUCUUUUGAUAUACGAGUAUAUGGAGAAUGGAAGUGUGUGGGAUUGGUUACAUCGACAAUCACCAGUUAAUAUCAAGAAGAAGAAAAGCCUGGACUGGGAGGCAAGGUUGAAGAUAGCCGUUGGAUUAACUGAGGGAGUGGAGUACCUCCACCAUGACUGUGUGCCAAAGCUCGUCCAUAGAGACAUCAAAUCAGGCAAUGUGCUGCUGGAUUCCAAUAUGGAGGCACAUCUGGGGGAUUUUGGACUGGCAAAGGCACUAGUGGAGGAUUCUGGCUCCAACUCAGAAGCAAAUUAUUCAUGGUUUGCUGGGUCUUAUGGCUACAUUGCCCCAGAGUAUGCGUACUCAUUUGAAGUGACAGAGAAGAGCGACGUUUAUAGCAUGGGUAUCGUGCUGAUGGAACUCAUUAGUGGAAAAAUGCCAACUGAUGCAACGUUCGGCGUUGACAUGGACAUGGUGAGAUGGGUAGAGAAACAUAUCGAAAUGCAAGGAUCUGCUCGCGAAGAGUUGAUAGAUCCUGAACUGAAACCACUGUUACCAGGUGAAGAAUGUGCAGCAUAUCAAGUGCUUGAAAUUGCACUACAGUGCACUAAAAGCAGCCCACAAGAGAGGCCCUCUUCUCGGCAUGCCUGUGCUCUCCUUCUGCAUUUGUUCCGCAACAGGUUGGUGGAUUUUGAAAAGGUGAACGCAGAUCCUGACGCAUAGUCAAUGACAAUUAUUUCAAGGACUGAAGUUAAAACAGCAAUAAAAGUGUAGCAUCACUUUUUAUUAGUUUUGUCAAUCUCAUGCUAACUUCAUAUUCCUAUUUUGAUUUUUAUAACAUUAUUUAGCUUGCCACUUACA